GAGAGAGAGACGAAUGUUGACAUGGUAUCUCAAGCCACGAGUGUAUUUGUGUUGUAAGCAUGGAGUUUUGUUACUUCACAUCUAUUUCAGCACUACUCGCAUGAAUCUCUUGGACUGAAGAUCGUAGUGCAGAGCUGAAAACACAAACUUUGUUCAACUGAUCGCUGGAUGUCGUCAUGAGGAGUUUGAUACUGGAAGUAGGAUGGGCUUUCACGCCUGGCCUCUGUUUACAGCAGACAUCAAUCGAUUUCACAGCCACUGUUGGUGAUCUAUCGCUUUAACUUGUAACUUGCUAUCAUCAUCAUGAUGUCGGACUGCAGCUCGUCGGGUUCAGAUGAGGAUUUGGACCCGGAGUCAGAACUGCUGGACGAGCUCGGCGGAACUCUCAGUAAGUGGACUAACUACAUUCAUGGGUGGCAGGACCGCUUGGUCGUGCUGAAGGGAAAUAUUCUCAGUUACUAUAGAUCUGCAGAUGAGAAGGAGUACGGCUGCAGAGGGUCUAUCUGUCUCAGCAAGGCUGUCAUCACGCCCCAUGAGUUUGAUGAAUGCCGGUUUGACAUCAGUGUGAACGACAGCCUCUGGUACCUUAGGGCUGAACAUCCUUCACUCCGGCAGCAGUGGAUUGACACCAUUGAACUUCACAAAGGUGAGUCAGGCUAUGGUUCAGAGAGCAGUCUACGCCACCAUGGCUCCCUGCUGUCCCUCACCUCUGCCACCAGUGCCUUCUCUGCCACCUCCACAUCCUCCUUCAAGAAGGGCUACAGCCUGCGAGAAAAGCUAGCGGAGAUGGAGACCUUCCGGGACAUUCUCUGCAGACAGGUGGACACACUGCAAAAGUAUUUUGACAACUGCGCAGACACUGAGAGUAAAGAUGAGCUCCAUAGGGACAAAGAGGCUGCUGUUUUUCCUGCAUUAUCUGAUGAGGAGGCAGAUUUUCCCACUUUACGACCAGAUGGGGACUACCUGCUGAACAACAACAGUAGCGAAGAGAAAUUAUGUCCCAUGGACAGCCUCAAAGGGCCCAUAGGCAUUGAUUUCAAGGGUGAGGCCAUCACAUUCAAAGCCACUACUGCAGGAAUCCUCUCCACACUGUCACACUGCAUCGACAUAUUUGUCAAACGAGAGGAGAGCUGGCAGAGACGACUCGAUAAGGAAAUUGAGAGAAGAAGACGGGCUGAGGAUGCCUACAAAGCUGCAUUGACAGAGCUAAAGAAGAAGCCUCAUUUUGGAGGACCAGACUAUGAAGAGGGACCGAACAGUCUCAUCAAUGAAGAGGAGUUCUUCGAUGCUGUGGAAGCCGCGUUGGAUAAACAUGACCAGAUUGAGGAGCAGUCCCAGGCAGAAAAGAGCAGGGUAUCUCGGCACAUGUCUCUCACCCCAGACACCUAUUCCUCCAUCAGUACUCAGAAAUACUUGACUAAGCCUCGCAGUCAUACGUCCUCCUCGUCCUCCAUAGACCUCAUAAGUGCCUCUGAUGAUGUGCACAGAUUCAGUGCUCAGGUGGAGGAGAUGGUGCAUAGUCACAUGGCAUAUUCCUUACAGGAUGUGGGUGGAGAUGCUAACUGGCAGGUGGUCGUUGAGGAAGGCGACAUGAAGGUGUAUAGGAGAGAGGUUGAGGAGAACGGCAUUGUGCUUGAUCCUCUUAAAGCCACUCAUGCUGUCAGAGGGGUCACAGGUCACGAGGUCUGCCACUACUUUUGGGACACAACUUUUCGGAAUGACUGGGAAACAACUGUUGAAAGCUUUAAAGUGGUUGAGACGCUUUCUGAUCAAGCAGUCAUCAUCCAUCAGACACAUAAGAGGGUGUGGCCUGCCUCUCAGCGGGAUGUGCUUUAUUUGUCAGUUAUUCGUAAAAUUCUCUCAACCAAUGAGAGUGAUCCAGAUACCUGGCUGGUGUGCAACUUCUCAGUGGAUCAUGACAGCUACCUACCCUCUUCCAGAUGCGUUCGUGCCAAAAUCAAUGUAGCCAUGAUCUGUCAAACCCUAAUCAGUCCACCAGAGGGUAACAAAGAGAUAACCCGAGACAACAUCCUCUGUAAAAUCACAUAUGUAGCCAAUGUAAACCCUGGUGGUUGGGCCCCUGCAUCAGUCUUGCGAGCCAUUGCCAAGAGAGAAUACCCCAAAUUCCUUAAACGCUUCACCACAUAUGUUCAAGAGAAGACCAGCAGUGAAGCUAUUCUCUUCUGAAACACACUAGAUUGUUUAAUCUGCAUUCCCAGGAUGCUUUCUGAUUGAGUUGAAGAAAUAUCUCAUUUACCAUUUUCUAACAUACACCAGAGAGAGCUGCUUUGCCCAAGUGCUCCUCAACACUAUUAACACGAAACCUUUUUCAAUCAGUACACUAUACCUACAGAAAGAACAAAAGUCGAGCUUUAAAAGCACAGCAAGCCACCAACCCAAAACAGUCUGUUCAUCUUUAAAAGACUUUACCCAUUUUCUGUACGUGAGCUACGGCUCAGGUUUUGUUAAAGUGUUUUUAUACAUAUUUUAUCAUAGUUUAACCUGUUUUAGGUAUGGCUAUGGUAUUGAUGUAAAAAUAUAUACUGUAAACUUUGAUGCCUUGAUCUAAUCACUGUUUCUUCUCAGCUAUACUGGCUUUGUAUAAUAUUAUUUUGUCUUAGGGAGACUCUUUCAACCCUGAUGAUGAAGAGGAUGUCAAACUUAUGCCUUAAAGAGCAUGUUGUACAGUUUGUUUCUAAAUGUUUAACAUUUACAUGUGAAGUCAUUACACAUUUUGAUUGUAAUAAUUACAAAAUUUGAUGGUUGGCAAAGCAUAUGAUUAAUGGGAACUGCCUGUACAAAAUAAUAAUAUUAAAAAGGUAGAGGGUAUUUUGAAAGGCCUGUGGGCAAUCUCUUGUACAGGAUUAUUAUUGCUUUUAUCUUUACUGAUUAUUAUUUUUAUUUAUUUUUUCAGAAUUAUAAAAAGUGGUGGAACUACGAUACACAAAUGCUAGGACUCUAAAACAGCAGUUUCAAAAUGCCAUUCUACUUUUUCCUGAAUUAAUUUGUUUAUUGCAGAAUUUUACCCAGUUGGACUUUGCCACUCACACAUUUGAUAGGCAGUAUUAUUGCAGUUAUACCAUCUAAGCAACUUUUUGGCAUUUCACAUAGUUUUAUAGUUUCAGCAAGUGUCACUUGUUGUUGUCUGACUCACAUUUUUAUGAAGCAGUUAAUAAUUCUGGCAUCCACAAUUACAUAUGUUCUCCAGUAGACUUUAUAAAGGUAUUACAAGUCAUAACUUAUCAGAUGAGAAAUGAAACUCAUACAAAAUAAUAAUUUUAAUGUAUGCAUCUCUAUCAUAUUGUGUUGGCUUGAUGUUCACUUGCACGUAAUAAUCACAUCCUAAUUUUUCCAUAUUAAAAAUUCUGAUUUAAUGUGUUAAUUUCACGUGGGUAUAUAUUUUUAAAUAAUUUGUUUUGUAAAUUAUUUUUAUAUUCUACAUGUAUGUAGGCUUUUUAUUUAAACUAAAUUGUGUGAAAUAAGCAAAACUGUUGUUUUUAUUUCUUUUCCAUGUAUUUUAAUUUCUCACUAAUCAAUGUUUUAUUUGAAGUUUUGGUUCAAAAUACACAAAGAAUAUCUCACCCUAAACUUGUAAAUUUACAAGUGUAUAAAUGUAUAUCUAGGUGGAGUAUUUUUGAUCACACAGAGCCCUGUUGACAAACCCAGGGGCUGAUAUGCCACCAUGUGCAUGAGAUAGAGAUGCCAUGAAAGAUAAGGAUGAUGGGAGGAGACUGAGAGGACACUGAGAUUAACCGGUAUCUGUGUAAAGCCGGUUUCAUCUCUGCAGGUCUGUCUAGGGUCUCUCUGAGGUUAAGGCAAUCAGCAGUGAGUGCCCUGGUGAGAUGUGAUGCAGGAUAAGCUGAUUGGCUAGCACACACUCUGGUGAGGCAAGAGCGUAUAAUGACGUUGCAUCAGGAGAACUCAAAACAUCUCACCACCUGCAAGUCUCAAAGCCUCCACCUCGAACAGCUAUGUUCAUGCACAUUUAACAGUGUUCUUAAAAUAUUUCCCUAAUAAGUCUUUUGUAUAAUUUGAAUAGUUGGGGGAAAAUUUAUUUUUAUAGUUCAUUUUUUUUCUCCAGUUUGGUUUUGAGUCAGUGCUUUUAAGUGGCUUAUGGGUUUGUGAUCUCUUAAGAGUUGAAAAAUAAUAACAAUAACACACUAAAAUUAGCAAUGCUCACAGUGACUCACAAAAUACCUUCUUUGUAACUAGUGCAUUGCUUUAGGAUUGUAGUUUUUCCUUUAAUAAUUUUUCCACACUUUUUUUUGGUCAAAUUUUCUCAUUAGGCUAAAAUUACCCAACAGGAAUGAGAGAAUAUGACAAAAACAACAAAACAAUGCAUUAUAAAUGUUUUUAU